AUCCCUCACCUCCUCUCCUCACCGUCCUCCUCCCCUCUUCCCUAUUCACCUCUAAUUAGCUGAUAUCGACGUCGGCUUGGAUCCCGCCGCCGAGCAGCGCCAUCAUCCAUAAUGUCGGCCAGCACAUUGCCCGCGUCGAACAUGCCGUCGCCAUCGCAGAUACAGCGGGAGUACUCCAAUCUGCGCGAGAUACGCAGACGCUCCGUCUCGACCGAGAAGGGCUCGCUCAUGGUCGACCCGGAUCUUCCAGAACUCUCCCCCACCAGCACUUCUCCCAUCGGGCAACAGGGAUACUGGUCCGAACCCACGGUACCCGAGGUCUUUUCCCCCGUGAGUGAAGAGGCAAAGGUUGCAGAAGAGGCAAUGGAUGAUCCGACCAACCUCUUCUGGGUGCCUGCGCAUCUUCACCCCGAGCUUGCGCCAGGAGAAUUCCGCGCGUUUCUCAAGGCGCAUACACGCUCUCUGCCACAGAAUGAUAUCCCCGCCUCUCCGUUGUCACCGUCGACACACUCGCAGACGACCGUCGCAGGCUCUGGACUCGGACGGAAAAAAUCCAUGCUCUCACGACAGUAUCAGCCUAAGGAGAACGAUGGCGUCGAGAAUGAGCCUGUACCACUACCAUCGCGUAUGGCGAGCGGUAGACGGAAUCGGAACAGCAUUUUUCGCGAGAACGAUGGGCCACAGUUGACGAUCGAUGACCUACAAAAGCUCGAGGAGCUUGCGGAGGAAGCGAGUAAGAGUGAUGAUCCGAGCAAGCUGAGAAGUGUGUUGAGACGUAGUUUGAGUUUGAACGUUGCUCCUGCUUUCCUCGAUACUGUCGAUGAUAUCGCCGAACUCGAUGAAGCCGAUGCCCCUAUUAUCGUGCCUCGUCCCGGCCAGACCCUUCGCCGUGCCGCGCGCACCAAGAUCCGUAAGGCGAAUCUCCCCGGUGAUGGGGGCGGGCAUCGAUUCCCAGCCACGAGGAAGACUCGCAGAACGAGUGCGGGAAGGUCUACUGAGGACGCAACAAGCGAGAGACCGAUCAGCUACUCGGACGAGACGGCUAUAUUUGACAGCUACGGUGCUGCCUCUCCUGAUAUCUCAGAUGAGGGGCAUGGCGACUUUGAGUCCAAUCCUCCCUCUGAGUUGGACCAUGAAGUUCAGGUCAUCGCUACUCCCGCACUACCGAUUGAAGUCCAACCUCCGACACCGCCCCAGCCACAGGAAGCCAGAGCCCCGGCUCUCGUCCAUCCAACGCCUCAACGUCACCUCGCAAUACCUUCUCCGAUAUCUGUCGCCACUCAGCCCGCGCGCACUCCUUCACCCGUCUCGCCCCACCACCCUUCCGCCUCCCCUCCCGAAAGUCCGAAAUCGGCUGUGGAACCUACUAGCCCAACCGCGUCCCUCGCGACGAGUCAAGAGACGAGCUCCACCACUAUUCAUGUACCGUCUACGCCAACUGCGAGCACGUCGACGACUACCCUCGUGCAUCCGGCACACGAAAAGCAUGAACCACAUCCGCAUGCUGCUGGUCGUUCAGCACCGGCGGCAUCUCCCACAAAACCUGCAUUCCACGUUACCCCUCCGACAAAAGAGAAGAAAGGCGGCUUGUUCUCGAAGAAAAAAGACAAUCAUAAGUUGUCCAAGAGCAAGCAGUCUGACAACGCGUCUGUCAAAUCAUCUGUCUCGGAACGAGAGAAGGAGAAGGAGAAAGAAGGUUUCUUCGGCUCCCUAUUUGGCGGGAAGAAGAAAGCGGAAGAGUCCCCGCAUGCUGGCGGGCUCUUUUCCGGUGGAGGCGCGGGGCAGGCAGCCGCUGCGAAACUCUUGGGUGCGUCGAAGAGCGGGAAGGAUAUGCAUAGACCAACGAGUCCGGGCCCUGGUGGAUUGAAUAACUUUUCCCGAUACCCUAUACAUGUGGAACGUGCGGUUUAUCGCUUGAGUCAUAUCAAGCUGGCCAGCCCGAGGCGGCCACUCUACGAACAGGUACUUAUCAGCAAUCUUAUGUUCUGGUAUCUUGGUAUCAUAAACCGGCCUGCGGGUGAAGAUCCCCCUCCCAAGAAAGCGAAAGAAGAAAAGGAAGAAGCACCUCCGACACCGGAACAUCGUCCGCAAAGUGCCGGCACCCCCGGCAAAGAACCAUCUGAACGCGAUUCCCUCCUCAAGAGAGGCAACAGUUUUGGAAGACAAAGUUCACCACCUCAUCCUAUACCCCAUAGUCCUCCGCACGCCGCAACCCUUCGCUCCUCAUCCCCACCUCCACCAGUCGCCAACCAUGCUCCCCCCAAAGCGGCGGGGAGUCUCAACCACAAUCAGCGCUCUGCAGAGAUGCCGAUCCGCUCGCCGCAAUACGAGGUCCAACAUCGUAUGAUUGCACAAGGUCAAGCGGCUCCAGGACAUGAGGGCAUGUCCCGCCCCGGUAUGCCAAAUGGACAACAUCCUGGUCAAUCAAGGCAGCCUCAGCCAGGACAACCGGGUGCUCAUUCCGGCAUGCCAGGAGGCUCAGCUGGUCGACCUCGUACGGGCUCACCGCCUCCCGGAGCGAUGAAUCCUUUUACGGAAUCACAUCCCCAAUUCGCCCAAGGAGCAGAAAGCCGCCCACCAAUGGAAGGUCGUGCCCCUCGGGAAGGCCGGGGAACAACACCCGAAACUCGUGUUCUCUCCCCACGGGGCCCAGAAAGCUUGGGUCGUGGACCGCCUCCCCAAGGGGCAAAUCUUCCUAAUGGUCAAGCUCCAGCUGGACCGAUUCCUCCCGGUGCCCAUCCUUCCCUGGUACCACAGAAUCCCGCGGUGGUAAUGCGCCGCGACGAACUAGUUCUGCAUCUGCAACCCCACCGUCCGACAAUGGCCGCCCUGAGCGAGCGCAACCGCCACCUGGCGUCCGUCCAGGUCCCGGCGGUCCUGGCAUCCCAAUGCCACCUGGACCGCAUCGCGGUCCCAGCCCUGGCACUGGUGGCAUCCAGCCUGGUCAGAUAUUCCGCCCUCCACCUGGCCCCGGAUUUCCUGGUCCGCCUGGACCUGGCAGACCUCCUGCGAUGUCGCCACCCCCCGGUUGGAACCUACCGCCUGGAGCCAUGCCUCCUCAACAAGCAUGGAUGA